GACUAAACUGUUGCUAUAACACUACUCGCUUCAUUUCUCACGAUUAUUCGAGCUUCUUCUGUACAUGCGAUUCCAUUAAAAUAUGGAAAUAUAUCAGCAGAAGACAAGAACAGAGAGCGCAUGAUGUCAUUACUUACAUACCCUGUUAGCGCUCGCUUUUGACGACAACCAUGGACGAAGCAACAGCUCAGUCGAAUGGUGCGCCUACAGCAAGCGAGUACGGCCCAUUUACAGAGGAAAGAAGGUCUGAAAAGUUAAGGGACGGAUGGAACGAAUAUGAAAACAAAGCUUCUCGAUCCUCGAAAUUCCGCUUCAAGUCUUCAAAAUCGCGCGCAAGACACAGCUCCUCGCAUCACUCAAGCAGACAUGACAGCGACAGCAGACCGCAUUCAGAAGGACACAGAUCUUACCGGCACCGGCACCACCAUCGUCAUCACAGCUCGCGCCAUUCCUCAAAACGCCAAAAGACCGAGGAAUCACCUCCUCCGGCCCGCAGCCACAUUUCGCGAAUCGCUUUUCGACGCCCUAGGCGACGAUGAAGGAGCUUUAUACUGGGAAUCCGUAUACGGCCAACCAAUCCAUACAUACGCCAUCCCAUCAGUACCAAAGGGACCAAACGGGGAAUUAGAGCGCAUGACAGACGAAGAAUAUGCCGAAUACGUACAAGCCAAGAUGUGGGAACGAUCGCACGAAGGCAUAAUGCAAGAAAGAGAACGACAAAGACAAGAAAACGCCAAAGCAAAGCAGCGUGCGGAAGCCGAGCAGCAGCGAGCAUUUCGAGAUCGUACUCAAUUCAAUGAAGCUCUUGAAGAAAGUCUCAAGAGGGGCGAGAAACGGAGACGAGCUAAAUUAUGGAUAGCGGCUUGGGAGAAAUACAUGAAAAGUUGGGAAGGGUUGGACGCUUCUUCGAAAGCUCCGCCGGCCACUUCUUCCGAUACUGAGAAACCAUUUUAUAUCCGGAAUUAUAUCCAUUGGCCUGUGGAAAGUGGUAAACGGCGAGAUAUUUCGCGUGAUGCGGUGAGGGAAUUCAUGCAACAUUCUUCUGAGAGUUUUCUGAAUACACUUAAAGCGGAGCGUAUACGCUGGCAUCCGGAUAAGAUGCUCCAUCGAUACGGGAGUUUGGGUCUGGGAGAAGAGAAGACUUUGGUACAGAGUAUUACCGAAGUUUUCCAGAUUCUGGAUGAUUUAUGGAUUGAAGAGAAGGGUCGCCAGUCCAGAUGA